AUGAAGCCGCCGCCGCUGUCGCUCGCCGUCGUCCUCGUCUCGUGCCUCCUGCAUAACACGGGCGCCUCAGCCGGCCCUGAGACGGGCGUGCAGGCGCCGCGGUUCCAUUCCAUCUUCAGCUUCGGCAGCUCCUACUCCGACACGGGCAACUUCGUCCUCCAGUCCGCCGGCUUCCCCUCCGUCCCUUUCAACAACUCCCCAUACGGCGAAACAUUCUUCCGUCACCCCACCGGCCGGCCUUCCGACGGCCGCCUCAUCAUCGACUUCAUAGCGGAGGCGCUGGAGCUCCCUCUCCUUCCGCCGUUCCUGUCCAAGGAGGUGCCUCAGAACUUCAGCCAGGGAGCAAACUUCGCCAUCGUGGGCGGCACGGCGCUGGACGCCGGGUUCUUUCUCCGGAACAACUCACGGAGCGUGCCGCCGUCCCGGAGCUCCCUGCGCGCGCAGAUCGCGUGGUUCCGGAUGCUCCUGAGGGGGCAGACGCCCGUCUGCAAUUCCACCUCGGAAUGCAGGGAGCACCUCGCGAGGUCCCUGUUCGUCGUCGGCGAGUUCGGCCUGACCGACUACUGCUACAUCCUCUCCGGCGGGAAGAGCAUCCAGGAGGCCAAGGCCUUCGUUCCGGACGUCGUGCAAGCCAUUAUCCGAGGCGUUGAGAGGCUGGUGGAGGAUGGAGCUAGGUACGUGGUGGUGACGGGGACGCCGCCGAUGGGGUGCGUGCCCAUGGCGCUGGCCAAAUACGGCGCGGCGGGGAACGCGACGGAGUACGACCGCCGGACGGGAUGCCUGCGGCGGCUCAACGGCCUCUCGCAGUAUCACAACUGGAUGCUGCAGGAGACCGUGAGGCGCAUGCGUGGAAAGUACCCAGAGAUCACGAUCGUGUACGCCGACUACCACAAGCCCGUGGCGCGGCUCAUUCGGCGCCCAGGAAAGCUCGGGUUCGCCGAGGAUCUCCUUAAAGCCUGCUGUGGCGGAGGUGGACGGUACAACUACAACCCGGAGGGAGCGGCGUGCGGAUUGCCCGGCGCGACCGCCUGCAGUGAUCCGUCCACUCACCUCUUCUGGGACGGCGUCCACUACACCGAGGCCGCCAACAAGUUCAUCGCCGAUGGCUGGCUCAACGGAGUCUACGCCCACCCCUCCAUACUCAGCCUGGCGCCAUAG